AUGUACGGAGUGACAAUAACAUCUAAUGAUAUUCAAAUUGAUAAAACAUUUAAAUCAAAACGUGGACCAACGUUUCUUGCAACUAUUCUAUUAGUUUUAGCAUGGUUUGCAAAUGAAUUAGCAUUAGCAUGGGUACAUGAUCGAAUACCACGUAAUGGCGUACGUCCACUACCGGAUUUAUGGUUCAGUUUAUUUCCUGAAAUAACAAAUUCAAUCCUAGUAACAGAGUUUAUAAUGAUUACUCUAAUUGUGGCAUUAUUUAUUGUCAUAUUUUGUCACCAAUAUCGAUGGAUUGUCAUUCGAAGGAUUUUUUUUUGCGCCGCUUUAUGCUACACUUUUCGCGCUUUUUGCAUUGUUAUAUUUCAGGUACCUGUGCCAAGUGAGAAAACAUAUUGCGCACCGAAAAGUAAUGGUAGCUUAAAUAUAAUAAUUAGUCGAGUUUUAAGGACAUUUUGGUCAGUUGGAAUUGAACAACUUCGUCCACGAGAGCUUUGUGGUGAUCUGAUCGUAUCAGGACAUACCAUAUCACUAUUUAUGGCUGCAUUAGCUUUGAAACAAUACUGCCCAAAGAAAUUUUUUUGUUUGGCUGAGUUAUGUUACUGUGCCACAUUUGUGGCCAUUACAUGUAUAUUAUUGGCCAGGAAGCAUUAUACAAUUGAUGUGGUAUUGGCCUAUUGCCUUACAACACGCAUCUUCUGGACUUAUCACUCAUUAUCAUAUUCUUAUCAUCAAGGUGAUUUCGAUCAAAUUCCUUUAAAUCAAUCAAUUUGGGCAUUUAUGGUACCAUAUUUAGAAGCAGAUGCACCACCACCACAAUACUUUCAGAAUCAAUGGAAAUUAUCGUCCAACUGUUCACAAUAUUUCCGGAAAAGAUCACCAUAA